AUGCUGCCUCCUGGGCGCAAUGGCACAGUGCACCGGGCGCGGCUGGGGUUGCAGAGACAACUGGCGCAGGUGGACGCUCCCGGGGGUUCAGCAGUCCCGCUGGGACCCGCGCAGGUGGUUACUGCUGGCCUCUUAACUCUCCUAAUCGUCUGGACUUUGUUUGGCAACGUACUAGUGUGUGCUGCCAUCGUCCGCAGCCGCCACUUGCGCGCCAAAAUGACCAACAUCUUCAUUGUAUCCCUGGCCGUCUCAGACCUCUUCGUGGCAUUGCUGGUCAUGCCCUGGAAGGCUGUGGCUGAGGUGGCUGGGUACUGGCCCUUUGGGGCGUUCUGCAAUGUCUGGGUGGCCUUUGACAUCAUGUGCUCCACUGCCUCCAUCCUGAAUCUGUGUAUCAUCAGUGUGGACCGUUACUGGGCUAUUUCCAGACCCUUCCGCUACGAGCGCAAGAUGACCCAGCGUGUAGCCCUGAUCAUGGUAGCCCUGGCCUGGACCUUGUCCAUCCUCAUCUCCUUCAUCCCGGUCCAACUCAAUUGGCACAGAGACAAGGCAGGCUCCCAGGGCCGAGAGGGCCUGCUGUCCAAUGAGACACCCUGGGAGGAAGGCUGGGAGCUAGAAGGGAGAACGGAGAAUUGUGACUCCAGCCUGAACCGAACCUACGCCAUCUCCUCAUCGCUCAUCAGCUUCUACAUCCCAGUCGCCAUCAUGAUCGUGACCUACACACGCAUCUACCGCAUUGCACAGGUGCAGAUCCGCCGGAUCUCCUCCCUAGAGAGGGCAGCUGAGCAUGCUCAGAGUUGCCGGAGCCGUGGGGCCUGCGAACCUGAGCCCAGCCUGCGAGCAUCCAUCAAGAAGGAGACCAAGGUCUUCAAAACCCUGUCAGUAAUAAUGGGGGUCUUUGUGUGCUGCUGGUUGCCUUUCUUCAUCCUGAACUGUAUGGUUCCUUUCUGCAGCAGUGGAGAUUCCCAGGGCCCGAGGACUGGCUUCCCGUGUGUCAGUGAGACCACCUUCGACAUAUUUGUCUGGUUUGGUUGGGCUAAUUCCUCUCUCAACCCCAUCAUCUAUGCCUUUAAUGCAGAUUUCCGGAAGGUGUUUGCCCAGCUGCUGGGAUGCAGCCACCUCUGCUUCCGGACCCCAGUGCAGACGGUAAACGUCAGUAAUGAACUCAUCUCCUACAACCAAGACACGGUCUUCCACAAGGAGAUCGCUGCUGCCUAUGUCCACAUGAUCCCAAAUGUGGUGUCUUCCGGAGACCCGGAGGUGGGAGAGGAGGAGGAGGCAGAGGAGGAGGAGGGGCCUUUCGAUCACAUGUCUCAAAUUUCUCCAACGUCCCCAGAUGGUGACCUGGCUGCUGAGUCUGUCUGGGAGCUUGACUGUGAGGAGGAGGUUUCCUUAGGCAAAAUCUCACCUCUCACCCCCAGUUGUUUCCAUAAAACUGCUUAG